CUCACACAAAAAAGCGGGUACCUGCAUAACAAUUCAUCCAGCUGACACUCAUCACACCUUAUGCAGAUAUCGCUCCAUCUACCCGACGAAUAUUGAUUAAGGAUCUCCUGCUGUCCGACGACAUCUUUUCUAAAUUUUCCUCUCCCAAAGAUUCUAGAGCUCUGUUGGAUAUUUUGACGAUUUGAGGAUUUUUAGUUUAGGUUGAUUGGAAGUGACGACAUAAAUAUCUAGGUUUUUAUUUUUAGUACCCCUCGGUUGAUAUAAGUUUCGCUAAUUGGGGGAGGUAGAAGUAAAUUUAUCUUAGCUUGAUUCGCCUUUCUAUCCUUUCCUGGAACUACGAUUCAUCCUAUUCCAACAACCAAUUCCUCUCUUCCCACCCAACUCACCAAUUCCCUCCUAAACCCCCCUCAAAAUGGCACCCCUAACACCAACCUGGACGCAACCCUCCCACCCACACAUCCAAAAAGUCAUUUACGGAACAAACAGCUCCCAAGAAUUUACCUCCAAGUCCCUUUCUACAGUAGACCUCCCUCCCUUCGCCGUGUACGCGAAAAUGGAUUUCCCACCGUGUACAUACGCACCGGAAGCGACGUAUGCCACGGUGCAAUGUGGGAAGGGACGGCAUUUGAAUUUGAAUAGUGAUUUGGUUUAUAUUAAUCAUUCUUGUGAACCUAGUGUGGUGUGUAUUUCCUUUGCUUCCUCCCUUUUCCUUUUCAUUAUUUUCUUGACUCCACUGUAUAUUUCCGUCUAGAAGACGAGAAGAGAAAACAAUCAAACACCCCUCAACCACAACACAAAACACCCACUAACCCAAACACCACCCAGAUCUUCGAAACAACAACCCGCACAAUCCUCACCGGCCCCCAGGGUCUCAGAACCGGCCAAGAACUAACCUUCUUCUACCCCAGCACCGAAUGGGACAUGGCACAAGGCUUCCAAUGUCUCUGCAGCACGCCCUCCUGCAAAGGCCUCAUCACCGGCGCCAAAGACAUGACCUCUCAAAACCUAGCGGGGUAUUAUUUGAAUGGCCAUAUUAGGGAGUUGCUUGAGGAGAAGAAUGGUGGUAUGAAUGGUGUGGAUGAGAUGAAGGAGCUAUUGGAGGUGACGGUUAGGAAGGCGAGGGAGGCGUUGGAGAGUGCGGAGAGUGCUUUGGGUGGGUAUUCGAAGGUUAUGAGGGAGAUUGGGAGGGGUAUGAAUGGGAGUGGGAAGGAAGAGAAACGGAAUGGGGUUGGGAAGAUGAAUGGGGAGGGCGUUGGAGGGGGUGAUAUGUUGGGUUUUGAAGGGGCGGGUCGACGGGGUGUUACAAGUCGUGAGAUGAGUGGUGAGAUGGGUGGGGAUACUAUCUAA